ACUGCCCGCUGCCCUCCCCGCCAGGCGCCCCCCGCAGCAUGGUCUGGAACACCAAUCUUCGCUGGCGGCUGCCGGUCACCUGCUUGCUCCUGCAGGUGGCCCUGGUGGUCCUCUUUGGCGUGUUUGUGCGCUACGACUCCGAUGCUGACCCUCACUGGAUCGACAGUAAGAUGCAACAGAACUCCACCAGCGACCUGGAGAACGAAUUCUACUACCGCUACCCGAGCUUCCAGGACGUGCACGUGAUGAUCUUCGUGGGCUUCGGCUUCCUCAUGACUUUCCUGCAGCGCUACGGUUACAGCUCUGUGGGCUUCAACUUCCUGCUGGCGGCCUUCGGCAUCCAGUGGGCGCUGCUCAUGCAGGGCUGGUUCCACUCCUACCACCAAGGCUACAUUCACGUGGGCGUGGAAAACCUCAUCAAUGCGGACUUCUGCGUGGGCUCUGUCUGUGUGGCCUUUGGGGCAGUUCUGGGCAAAGUCAGCCCUGUCCAGCUGCUCAUCAUGACUCUCUUCCAAGUGACCCUCUUUUCAGUGAAUGAGUACAUCCUCCUCAGCCUGCUAGAGGUAAAGGACGCAGGGGGCUCUAUGACCAUCCACACAUUUGGCGCCUACUUUGGGCUCACAGUGACCUGGAUCCUCUACCGACCCAGCCUACACCAGAGCAAGGAGAGACAGAGCGCUGUGUACCACUCGGACCUCUUUGCCAUGAUUGGCACCCUCUUCCUGUGGAUGUACUGGCCCAGCUUCAACUCAGCUGUGUCCAACCACGGAGAUGCCCAGCACCGAGCCGCCAUCAACACCUACUGCUCCUUGGCAGCCUGUGUGCUCACCUCGGUGGCGAUGUCCAGCGCCUUGCACAAGAAGGGCAAGCUGGACAUGGUGCACAUCCAGAACGCCACGCUCGCAGGAGGGGUGGCCGUGGGGACGGCCGCUGAAAUGAUGCUCAUGCCUUAUGGCUCCCUCAUCGUUGGCUUCAUCUGCGGCAUUGUCUCCACCCUGGGUUUUGUGUACCUGACGCCAUUCCUGGAGUCCCGGCUGCGGAUCCAGGACACAUGCGGCAUUCACAACCUGCAUGGCAUUCCUGGCAUCAUCGGUGGCAUCGUGGGGGCCGUGACGGCGUCCUGUGCCAGCAGUGAUGUGUAUGGAGUAAAGGGGCUUGCCAUUGCUUUCGGCUUUGAUGGCUUCAAGACUAACUGGAACGCAAGCAUGCAGGGCAAGUUUCAGGCUGCUGGUAUCUUUGUGUCCCUGGCCAUGGCCCUGGUGGGCGGCAUCAUCGUGGGGAUUAUUUUGAAGUUGCCAUUCUGGGGGCAACCCGCUGACGAGAACUGCUUUGAGGAUUCAGUCUACUGGGAGGGGUGGGCCCCAGCACCGUGUUUCAACAAGCCCUCCACGUGAUUCUGAUGAAAACCAUACCCGCCUCUGAGAACCACGGCCCUUCCACGUGCAUUGAAAUCACCUGGGGAGCCUUAAAGACACUCGGAGCCCAGGCCUCAGCUCCAAGAGGCUUGGAGUUCAUCGGUCUGGGGUUAGGACCUGGACGUUAUGAGUUUUUUGGUUUUGUGUGUGUGUGUGUGUGUGUGUGUGUUUUUUUUUAAAGCUUCCCCAGGUAGAUCAAAAUGUAGCCCAGAUUAAGAACCAUGCUGUGGUGUUCAGCUUCAGACUCCAUAAGAACCACCUGGAGACCUUGUAAAAAUGCAGCUUCCCAGGUGCCAGCCCAGAACUGUAAUUGAGUAGGGCCUCCUCUUGGGAACAAGUUCCCAGCUGAUUCUGGUCCAGAAAACUGAGUGACAUUCCAUUGCUUUCAGCAUUCAGAGAAGUAUCAGUACAGAAACCUGACUUGAGAAACAUUGUUCUAGAAGCUGAAAGUAGUAGGAUGUCACAAAACUGUUUCUUUAAAAACAUGCCACAAUUUGGGCUUUCUGUGACUUCAGGCAGGCCUCCCUCCCAACAAAUCCUUGUUGCAGGUGUUUACCUGCAUUAGAUGGUGGGGGAUGACAGCCACCUGCAUUUCCCCUCAUGACAGGGGGCAGGACCUAACCUGUGUCUGUGGUCCCUGUGACACGGGUCUGCCCAUCACCACCUUUCAUUUGGCUCUGUAUUUUUAAAAUCACACCAGAAAGUUUUCUGGGUAAUUUUCACUGAUAUCCACUAUAAGCCAAUUUCAGAUACAUAACUAAUAAUGCUUUUGAAUUCAUUCUCUUUAAACUAUCUUUUUAUUAUAAAACGAAUAGAAGCUCAUUAGGAGAAAUCUGGAAAUAGAGAAAAAUAGAAAGAAAUCCCAUCACCCUAAUUCAAGCACUGCUAAUAUUUUGGGUAUAUGUUCCUCCAAGUCUUUUUUUUUUUUUUUUAAUCUGCCCAGAUUUUUCUUAGCAAAGAUUAUAUGCCCAAUUUGGGCUCCUGCUCUUUCUCUCUCUCUGUCUCUAUCGUAAAAAGUAUUCUGUGUUAUUACAUUCUUAAUAAACUCUUU